UCUUUUUCAGAUAUUUCUAGAUAAUUGCUAAAUUCUAAUUAAAUAAGCUAAGUUUUUUACUAAAAUUUGUUUAAGAUGAUUGGAGAAGCAUAUAAUAUAAUAGAAAAGAAGGUAGAGGAGAUGGAUUAAAAGAUCUAUAAUUAAUAUUAGCCAUAGAUUACCGAAUUUUACUAAAAAAAAUAUGAGAAAUUGUAUGAAUGUUUACAACCUUUAAAGCAUGAUUAGUAAAAAUAAUAUUUAGAUUGUUUGAAAAAGUAUGAAAAAGUUGAUUUGAAUAUUUCUCACGCACUUGAGAAUGGAAAAAAUUAGUUAUAUAACUGCAUAAAUUUAUAAUAUUAGAUCACUUAAAAACCUCCUUCUUAUCAACCUAAGAAUUUCUCUUUUAAUCAACAAGUAUAAAUGUGUGCUGAUGAAUUUGAAAAGGAUACAAUUAAAGUUAUUGAGAAUUAGUUAAAAACUAUUAAAAUUGAUUGA